AUGUCCACUCUCUCCUCCCCCCGCCCCUCAAUCGCCUCAUCCCGCGCCCACUCUCCAACACCAACAUCCUCGCACCGACCCUCCCUCGACACCCUCAACACCAACUACAACCUCAACAACCUCAGCGCCUCCUCCACUCCAUCCACCGCCCGCGCCGUCUCUCCCUCCUUACACCCCCGCCGCAACCGCGCCGCCCUCCGCGACUACUACAACCUCAAACCCUCCUCCGCAGCCGAUCCCAACAAUGACGGGCGCCGCUCACGCAGCAUCCCGCGCCACACCGACGCAGGCGACAUCUCCAGCAGCAGUAGCGGUGCCGGCGGCCCAUCUAUACUCUCCACAACAGGAACCGAGCUCGAUAGCCCGGACUUCGACCCGCAACGCUACGUCAACCAGCUUCUCGCUUCGUCGUCGCUAUCGACGGUCCUGAAAGCGGAGAAUACGCUUGUCGGGGAUAUUCGCACGCUGGACAGUGAGCGCAAAGCAUUAGUGUAUGAUAAUUACUCGAAGUUGAUCAGGGCUGUUGAGACGAUUGGGAAGAUGAGAAGGACGAUGGAUGAUCGGGGCGCGCCGUUGACGAUGACGAAGACGCUGGGGCCCGCGAUUGCGUUUGUGGCGGAGACUGCUGGGGGUUUGAUUCAGGAGGGGGAGGAGCAGCAGAGGAGGAUGAAAGAGGUUAGGGAGAGUGAGGGGGUGGAGAGGAGGAGGGCUGAGAAGGGGACGGUGAAGUGGGUGCUUGCGGCGCCGGGGAGGUUGGAGAAGUUGUUGGAGGAGGGGAAGAAGGAUGAGGCGGAGGGGGAUUGGGGUGAGGUGAAGAAGUUGUUGGAUAAGUGGGAGGGGGUGAAGGGCGUUAAGGAGAUUAGGGAGGCUUGUGAGAAGGUUAUGGAGGGGAGGGAAGCUUGA